AUGCGACUGACCUCAACCGGACAGUGUGGACAUAUGACGCCUAUCCCAGCACAAGAUGCACAAACUGAUCAACCAAUCCAGAAAAACUUCAGCCUAGUCUCGCUGGCCGGUAUUGGACUUGUGGUUGGAAACGUUUGGCCUGCACUAGCUGGUUCACUGGCCGCCUCGAUCUUCAAUGGCGGUCCGCCUGGAGCCAUCUACGAAUUCCUCGCCGUUUCACUUUGCUAUUUUUCGGUUGGAGCAGUAAUUGCAGAGCUUUCAUCGUCGUUGCCUUCUUCGGCAGGUGUUCAUCUCUGGGCGUCGGUUCUGGCAGGGCGCAAGUAUGGCAGAUUGGUCGGAUACUUUGCCGGCUAUUGGAACUGUCUUGCUUGGAUAUUCGCAGCCGCAUCCGUCUCCUCAAUUGCUAGCAACCUUUGCGUCGAGAUCUAUGCCUAUUUACAUCCCACAUACCAGAUUGAGCGAUGGCACACGCUCGUUGGAUACCUACUUCUUAACUGGCUUGCAUGCGGAUUUGUUACCAUGGCAAACAAGGCGGUGCCACGGUUGAAUAUUGUCGGCCUGGUAGUUCUUCUUGUCGGCGGGUCGACCACCAUGAUUGUUUGUGCCGCCAUGAUGGACACGGAUUCUGGAGCAACUAAGAAUUCUUCCGUUUGGACAGAUUGGGAAGCGGACAUUGGCUACCCGGAUGGAUUCGUCUUCGUGGCUGGCAUGCUCAACGGCGCAUUUGCGAUGGGAACACCCGAUGCAACUGUCCAUCUUGCUGAAGAGAUACCAUUUCCCGAGGUGAAUGUCCCCAAAGCCAUUGCCGCUCAAUACAUACUUGGGUUUAUCUCGGCUUUCGCGUACUUGAUUGCUGUUCUUUAUUCCAUUAGAGACUACAGCGCCAUUCUUACCUCUUCUUUUCCCAUUGCUGAGAUUUACUCUCAAGCAACACGGAGAUCUGACAUCGGAACCACAGCCCUCCUAAUCUUAAUGCUCAUGUCGACAGUUUUAUGCACUAUUAGCCUACACGUUACGUUCGGACGCACGCUUUGGACUUUAGCGCGAGUGAACGCUACGCCCUUCGCGAAGACUCUUGGCAAGGUGAGUGCAUCCAGGCAUAUGCCUGUGGCUGCAACUGUGGCAGGCACUGCCGUGGUGAGCCUGAUUGGCGUUAUAUAUCUCGUCAGCACUUCGGCUUUCAACAGUUUCGUGGCUAGUUUUAUCCUGCUGUCUUCUUCGUCGUAUAUUGCGGCAGCGGUGCCGUUUCUGUUACAGCGCUUGAAUGGCAAAUUUGUGCCAGGCCCAUUCUUUAUUCGAGGCGCACUUGGGCACGCUGUUCACAUCUUUGCAUGUGCAUACAUGAUGGUUUGGUUUGCCAUCUACUGCUUCCCUUACUCGUUGCCAACCGAUGCCAACAGUAUGAACUACACGUCUCUGAUCUGGGGGGGCACCACCGCUCUUGCUGGGCUAUGGUGGUUGUUUAAUGCCAGGAAGACAUGCGAAUGGCCGAUGAGAAUCGAGAGUGGUUAG